AACUACAUAUGCAUGUUACUGCAUAUCUGCUCGUGUAAAUGUUAUCUAGACAAGCAAUUACGAUCAGCUAUUGUUUGUGAAUGUGCCAUUGCUAAGACCGGGCACAAAAACAAUUGGUGGUAAAAUUGACAACCUGUGAUAUAAUUAUAGGCACGCAUCGUAUUGCUGCCAGCAUGUGCGCAAAAUAUACGGCUUGGAUCAGGUGGAAGGCAAAUUGACUGACACAGGAUCUGGCCUCGCAUGUUAAAAGCAAUCAACAAGCGCCGCCUUGAUAAGCUGAUGUGCAUAUAGCAUGGGCUAUGUUACACGUGAUGCGGUGGAGCUGGAGCAGCAGUGCACCCUGCUCGAAGAACCAACUGGCGGCACGCCGGCUUCCGGCUCCGAUGAUGAAUCACAGCCAAAGCACAAAAUGCGUGGCAAGCGAAACAUCCAUAGACGACAGAGUAAGCGCUAUUAUCUACCCAGAUGCUUGAAGAGAUUUGGCUGCUCCAUGCGCUACCAACUACUCAGAUGCUUCAAGAGAUUCGGCUAUUUUAUGCUGGCCAGCUUCUUUAUAUUAAUGCUGUACACUAUCGUGCAGUACCUUUGUAUUGACGUGCAAAAAAGACAUGUUUCGCUGACGGAUUGGGCGUCCAACGCGUCGCUGGACAUCAAGGACUACGUACAGGCACAGCAGGAGACGGCACUCAUAAUGCCGCGUGACUUUUGUCGCAACAAAACGUUUCUAAUCAUUGCCGUCUGCACGGGUUUGAAUAACUUUGUGGAACGCCAGACGAUACGGGAAACGUGGGGCAAUACAACGGAAUUCAAUUAUGCCGCCUUUGCCAAGCUGCAUGGCCACAUGAAGGGUCACUAUCUGCCGGCAUUGGAUACACGCCUGCAGCUCUAUGCCGAUUACCUAAACGGUGAGGGUGACAGCCUAACGGCCAGGGUGCGGAUUGUCUUCAUUGUGGGACGCAGCAAUUAUGAAUCCCAACUGGGCAACGAGACGCUCGUACGUUUGCACAACGAAGCCGAAAUGUACAACGAUAUCAUACAGGAGAAUUUCAUUGAUUCGUACAAUAAUCUAACAUUGAAGUCCGUUAUGGCAUUGAAGCACAUCAGUAAAAGUUGCUCCAAGACGUGCGCGUUCUUUCUCAAAUGCGACGAUGACACCUUUGUCAAUGUGCCGAAUCUGUUGCAUUUUCUGCUCGGCGGCACAGUUCCCCUCUAUAACGAUACACUGGACUAUCAUGACCGCGGCUCGAUGGUGGUCAUGUCGCCGCAGAAUCGACUGAAUGCCACCAGCGGGAUCAUGCGUGGACAUCAGUUCUGCAAUGUGGUGCCCGUCAGCGAUGUGACUAGCAAAUGGUAUAUGCCCUACUAUAUGUACAAGGCUGAGGCAUAUCCCAAGUAUCUAUCCGGUGCCGGUUAUCUAAUGUCCAUUGAUGUUGUCGAGCGUUUGUUUGAGGCCUCGCUGAACACAACGCUAAUUUAUCUCGAGGACAUUUUCAUAACUGGUCUCUGCGCGAAUCGUGCCAAUGUCAAGCGGCAGCAUCAUGCGCUCUUCAGCUUCGCCCACUCGCCGCAUUUGUGCGCCUUCAAGGGCAGCAUAACACAGCAUCAGGUGAAGGAGGAGAGCAUGGCGGACGCGUGGCGUUUUGUUUCCAAUUACAGCAUACAAUGCCCGCCACCGGGACGUUACUUAAACCAUUUGCGAUUGAGGAAUCGCAAUAAUUGCUAAAGCACAAGUGCUGUGAAUAUGCCUCCAAAAUGUUGGCCUCCUUCCAUAUCUAGAGUUUACACAAUUACAUUUACAAUAUGAUUUCGUUGCAUUGAAUACUCCGACAAACACUUUCGGCUAGCUAUGUACAACUUUUUUGUUCCUGAGAUUAUUUGCUAGUUUACAAAUGUGAAAUUUGAUAGUUUAGUUGAAAAUUUGAAAAAAGUCAAAAAUAAUGUAUUAAGGCCGCAAUUCUUGCACACCUUUUUUGGGUACUAUAUAAACUAUAUGCAAUAUUAUUUAACAAACGCACAGACUUGUUCAAAUUGCACAUAGUUGUCUGUUAAAGCAAACGCACAAAAAGACCGAAAAUAUGCUCUAGUUGCAUCAUUUCAACUCCCCAAAUACUCCACUUUAUAUCAUUUGCAAAUGUUCGCCAAGCGUUAAGUCGAUUUUUGUUUAUCCGUAUUAAAUGUGAAUUAUUUAUCAACAA